AUGCGAGUUUGGCUACCAAUAUUUCCAAGAGCUGGUGAUCGCCUACAACAUCAUCACGCAUUUAUGAGCAAACGGAUUAUGCUUCCAUUCCAUCUUAAAAUCUAUCCUCUUGCUAUUUUAUUCGAAGAUGCUAUAAUACUAGGCGCAGAGAAUGAUACAACUCUUUACACGUCAGACUCUAAUUCCGAAUUCUCAUUACCAUUCUGCAGUCAAGUAUAUCUUCACCAAAUACUUCGUCAAUUAAUACGUAGGAAUUUAGGAUAUCACGCAUACGAGAUUGCAAUCAGUUGUACAAAUCUUCCUUACUUUCCACAUUCAUUGGAAUUACUUCUGCAUGAGGUUUUAGAAGAAGAAGCAACUUGUAAGGAACCCAUUCCAGAUGCCCAGCUUCCCAGUAUCAUCGAGUUUAUUCAAGAAUUUCCAGUUUAUUUGCAGACGGUUGUUCAAUGUGCACGAAAAACGGAAAUAGCGCUUUGGCCUUGCUUAUUUAGUGUAGCCGGGAAGCCCAAAGAAUUAUUUAAGCAAUGUUUGGCUAAACAACAGCUUGAUACUGCUGCUUCUUAUCUUAUUAUUUUACAGAAUCUUGAACCAUCAUCCGUUAGUCGUCAGUUUGCUACCCUUUUGUUGGACACAGCUUUAGAAAAAUCUAAAUGGGAGUUGUCAAGGGAUCUAGUACGGUUUUUAAGGGCCAUAGAUCCUAAUGACAUAGAAUCACCCAGGACAUCAUUUAUUAUUCCCAAUAAAUUAGGACUGGGUCAACAGUCUCCUCCAGUAAUACCAAAUGCUGAAGAAUUAUCACUUAUUCUUGGAUCUAUGCAGGUUGCUCGAGGCCGUAGUUUCAGUACAACUUUAUCUCCAAAAGCCCAAAUUGAAGGAAUUAAUGCUAACUUUCCUACAACGCAGAAACAAAUGAUAUCGCCUGGAGCAGUGUCUUUAAAGAAACAAAAUGUUUCAACGAAAACAACUAUUCCAGUUUCCAGUAGUUCUAUUAUUACUGAAAAUACUCAAAGGAAGAAAUCCACUAGCAGUAUGAAGAAUGAAAACAAGGAUAGUGCAUCUUCUGCUGAACAUUUCUUUAUAGAUCUGAUUCUUCAAAGACAUGCUCGAAGACUUCUAAGUUGUAGAGAACUCACUCAACUUGGGCAACUAUCAGCUUUUUUGGAUCUUCCUCUAGUUCGAUGGCUAAAUAAAGAGCGCGAUCGAGCAGCUCGCGUUGAUUGUUUCAUCACAGCUCUUAAAAGUUUACAUGAUGAAUUUGACUGGCCCAAACCAGAGCAUGAUAUAAGCAAAAAUACUGCAGUAUCAAAAAAUGUUUUACAAACUCAAUCCAAUGUACCUGGUUAUAAAAUGGAGACUAAGAUAUUCAAUCCGGAAUGCUCAUCAAACUCUGUAGUUAAUAGACCCACUUCCUUAUCAAUGAUUCAGAAUCAUGGCAAAAUUGAAGGUGAUAGUGGAUACAUGAGCUACUCCGGAGGUUUUCAUACCACUGGUGUUUCUACGCCUGUAAAUAGUCAAGAAACAAUUAGUGCCAUGGUGGUUUCACCACAACAUAUAGCAAAUAAUUACAACGACGCUAGCAAUUCUUAUUCUAAUCAAAAAAUAAAUAAUAUUGAAGCUAAACUUGUUUCACAGGACUUUUCAAGUAUAUGUAGUGAACAGAUGUCUCAUAUGACUGAGGAUAUAUCAUUGCAAUCACCUGAUGUGGAGAUGUGCUAUAAUACAGUAUUAGAAUCAAUAUCUAAUCAAACACAUAAAAAAGGAAGUCCAAAAGCAGAGGUCCAACUUAGGUAUUUGUUGCAAAUGUUUAUGGAAGCAGGUUGCUUGGAAUGGGCUUUAAUUAUAGCAGUGAUUUUGCAAGACGCAAUGGCAGUUUUAAGAACUUCCAGUGCUGCAAAAUCUAAUGAACAAAGUAUUGAAAAUGUUUGUAGACUUCGAGAUGGACUCAAUAGCAUUUGUCAAUGGGCGCAAUCUGAAUGUCUUGGUUAUGUUCCCUUCAUAUUAGCAAUACAAAACCAAAUUUCUGUGUUGAAUCGGUUGUUGUCUGUUAAAACUCAACAGAAAUCUGUUAAUGUUGAUAAAGCAAUUUCUUGUAUAAGCAAAGAUCUAAUAGCAAUAAAUGAACAGAACACAAGUAGCACAGGAGAAAAUGUGAGGAAAGUUUUAAAUACAUCUCCAAAAUCUCAAUCUUGCAUUAGCCAUACAGAUGUCACAAAUUCCAUACAUGGUAGUCAAGGAACAGUAAAAAAUUCAAAUAAAAGUAUACAUACUCAAAAUAGUUUUAAUAAUUCCCAUUUAUGCGAGAAUGGUAAUAUGGUUGCAUGUGAUAGUAAUACAUCCAAUUUAAAUGAAGUUGAUGUUGCAAAUCAUGAAAGCAAUGAAAAUUCAGGUUGUGUUAUUAGUUAAGUAAUAAAAUAUUUAAUAUAAUUAAACUUAAUAAACAGAGCAUUUUAUUGAUAUUAAAUUUAAUAUAUACGAUUUUAUAAUUUGACGAUCUCAUUUCACAUGCAAUACGUAAGAAGUAAAUUAUAUAUAAGAGAGCAUUAUAUAUAUA